GAGUGGGCGGGAUGAGAAUGGCGGCUGCUGGGCGCCGCGCCGUGGGGUGCCUGGUGGUGCUGGCGGCGGGUGACUGGCGCACCGGGCUGGCUCUCGGUGUCCUUGCCGUCCUGUGUACAAGUGCAGGAGCUGUCGAUAGGACGUACUUGAAUGAUCUGCUUCCGUACUACCCAUUGGAACAUGGCUCAUGGCAUUCUCACAGACACAUCAGAGACUGUCAGCCUAUCGCAUUUGGGAAUGUUACACAUGAGACUUGGCCUGCGGAUAAAUCCUCUCGUCUUCCUGUUGCUAAAUCUACUGUAUUCGUUUCAAAGUUUCCCACUGAGGAAGGGAAGCUCAAAACAGUGACUGGCCAUUUCACCUUUGUGAAUAACCCACUGAGAACAGUCUCAGUCUUGGAGCCACUGAAACCUGGAGGGUGCAAUCACUUGUACCGAGCAACUGUGCAAGAGACUGCCAAAUCCAGGAAGUGUCUGGUGGCCCACAAUGGUGGGUUUUUUGACACGAGGAAAGGACUUUGCUUGGGUAAUGUUGUGAGCGAUGGAAAGCUGGUACAAGAUGCCAAGGGAAUUCAAAAUGCACAAUUUGGGAUCAAGAAGGACGGCACUUUGGUAUUUGGGUAUCUAUCAGAACAGGAUGUUCUGGAUAAAGAGAAUCCAUUUGUUCAGCUUGUGAGUGGGGUUGUGUGGCUCCUGCGAAAUGGCACCACUUAUAUUAAUGAGAGCCAGUCGGCUGAGUGUUCAGAGGCUCAGGAAACAGGAACUUUUGAAAAAUUUAUCAACGUGGUCUCUGCACGAAAUGCUGUAGGACAUGAUGAAUAUGGAAGGCUUGUUCUAUUCCAUGCUGAUGGACAGACUGGAGAAAGAGGGCUAAAUCUAUGGGAGGUUGCCAUGUUUUUAAAGAGCCAAGGGGUUAUUAACGCCAUUAAUUUGGAUGGAGGCGGAUCGGCUACUCUGAUACUUAACGGAACACUUGCAAGCUAUCCAUCAGAUCACUGUAAAUCUGAUCCCAUGUGGCGCUGUCCUCGUUCUGUUUCCACGGUCAUAUGUGUACAUGAACCUGAGUGUGUACCCCCAGACUGCAGUGGGCAUGGAGACUGUUUACUUGGAGUUUGUUACUGCUCUGGCUUUUGGUCUGGACCAUCGUGUGACCUACUGAACUGUGGACCUUUAAACUGUACCAUCCAUGGAAUCUGCUCCGAGGGUGGGUGUCUCUGUGAUGCUGGAUGGAUGGGACCCAACUGCACAGAUGUGUGUCACCUUGGCUUCUAUGGGGAUGGCUGUAGGCAAGAAUGUCACUGCAGAAAUAAUGGGACUUGUGAUGCUGUUCACGGUGUCUGUAAGUGUCUGCCAGGCUACCACGGAGAGUUCUGUGAACAAGAAUGCCCCCGAGGGUGGUACGGACUAAAUUGCCAGCAGUCCUGCCACUGCCCAAGUAUGUGCCCCUGCCAUCCAGUGACUGGUAGCUGUAAUGCCACCCAUGAUUCUGACUUCAGUGACGACUUGUACAGAGUGCAUCAGUGUCUAGCUUCACAGUCGUCUAAACUCUGGAAAUACCAACAUGGCUUUGAAGAAGAUUCACAUUUAUUCAAAGGGAAAACUUGGCUGAUUGUAUCAAUCACCCUUUUCGUCUUGCUGUUACUGAGUGUAGCAGGAAAUCUUUUCCUGGUUUGCCAAAGAAAUGUUUGCUCUGGAUUCCAUGACAAGUAUUCGUAUCAAAGACUAAAGGACUCUAAUGGAUUAACUUGUGCCGAGAUUCCAGAAAUUAUCCCAUUAAAACAGAGUGAUACAUCCUAUGAGGAGGACAACAGGAUUUCAGAAAAUAUAAAUUUUUAACAACUUUUGCACAACCAUGACAAUGGUUUUUGCUGCCUUGUUGUACUUCUUGCCAAAGCGGCUGAACUUUUUAUUGAAACUUGGGAGAAGUUGAAGAGUUUCUUCUAGAUUGCACCUUCUGUCAAUGGUCGUCUGGACAUCUGCCCUCAGGAAAUAUAGCACUGUGAAUGCAAAGUGUACCGCUGUGUAAGUGUAAUGAAGUUUACAUAGCUGAGAAUAUAUUAAUUCACAUGCAGUGAAACCCACUUGUGCAAAAUUUUCAAGAUGUUCAUGCAUCAUAUUGUCUUAUUGAAGUAUUGUUAUUUGUGCUUACAUCUACACUCAAUGGCCAUUUUGAUAGGUGUGGAACACAGAGUGAUCUUCUGUUACUGUAGCCUGUCCACUUCAAGGUUCAACGUGUUGUGUAUCCAGAGAUGCUCUUCUCCGUGGUUAUUUGAGUUACAGUCACCUUCCUGUCAGCUUGAACCAGUCUGACCACUCUCCUCUGACCUCUCCCGUUAACGAGGUGUUUUCACCCACAGAACCAGUCUGGCCAUUCUCCUCUGACCUCUCCCAUUAACAAGGUGAUUUCCCCCACAGAACCAGUCUGUCCAUUCUCCUCCGACCUCUCUCAUUAACGAGGUGUUUUCACCCACAGAACCAGUCUGGCCAUUCUCCUCUGACCUCUCUCAUUAACAAGGUGUUUUCACCCACAGAACCAGUCUGGUCAUUCUCCUCUGACCUCUCCCAUUAACAAGGUGUUUUCACCCACAGAACCAGUCUGGUCAUUCUCCUCCGACCUCUCUCAUUAACAAGGUGUUUUCACCCACAGAACCAGUCUGUCCAUUCUCCUCUGACCUCUCUCAUUAACAAGGUGUUUUCCCCCACAGAACCAGUCUGGCCAUUCUCCUCUGACCUCUCUCAUCAACAAGGUGAUUUCCCCCACAGAACCAGUCUGGCCAUUCUCCUCCGACCUCUCUCAUUAACGAGGUGUUUUCACCCACAGAACCAGUCUGGCCAUUCUCCUCCGACCUCUCUCAUUAACAAGGUGUUUUCCCCCACAGAACCAGUCUGUCCAUUCUCCUCCGACCUCUCUUGUUAACGAGGUGAUUUCACCCACAGAACCAGUCUGGCCAUUCUCCUCCGACCUCUCUCAUUAAGAAGGCAUUUUCACCCACAGAACUGCAUCUUGGUUUUGUUUUCGCACCAUCCUCUGUAAACCCAAGAACAGGGGCUCCUAGUCUGUUGUUCAUAGUUACUGGUAGGAGUCCAUGGCAUGAAAAGGAUUGGGACCCCUGCUCUAGAGGCUGUCGUGUGUGAAGUUCCCAGGAGAUCAGCAGUUUCUGAGAUACUAAAAUCUCCCUAUCUGGCAUCAAGAAUCACUCCACGGUCAAAGCAACUUGGAUCACAUCUCUUCCCCAUUCUGUUGUUUGGUCUGAACCUCUUGACCAUGUCUGCAUGCUUUUAUGUAUUGAGUUGCUGCCACACGGUUGGCAGGUUAGUUAUUUCCAUUAACGAGAAGCUGUACAGGUGUACCUAAUAAAAUGGCUACUGAGUGUAUACCUCAGCACCACCCCCACCACCUAAUCUUCCAAAGUCACAAGUACAAAUACCGUGGUUGUGGUCUUCUGGAAGGUUAAGGGGUGAAAUUUGCAGGGUAUUAAGGGGAACGAAUGGGCUUGAUAGGGAAAUGUCAAGUUAGUUGGGAAGUGUUGGCGCGUAGCCUAGUGAAUAGUAAUCUGAAGGUCACUGGUUCGAGACUCAGCUGAGGCAGCAUGAUUGUGUCCUUGAGCAAGGCACCUAACAACACAUUGCUCUGCGACGUCACCGGUGCCAAGCUGCUUGGGUCCUGGUGCCCUUCCCUUGGACAACAUCGGUGGCGUGGAGAGGGGAAGGCUUGCAGCUUGGGCAACUGUGGGUCUCCCAUACAACCCUGCCCAGGCCUGCGCCCUGGAAACCUUCCAAGGGGCAAAUCCAUGGUCUCAUGAGACUAACAGAUGCCUACUACUAUUACUACUAGUUGGGAAGCCUGUCCCUAAAAGGUAGAGCCAGUUUGGUAUUGAAUGUAGUUAUGAAUAUUUGGUACGUGCAAAGAUUUGUUGAAAUAUAUUAUUUCUUCCUCAAACUAACCUUCAUGCUCAGUGAGCUAUUAAUUUUAAGUUUGAGAUGUAAAUAUGCUUUAUUAACCAAAUAUACUUUAUUUUGUAACACGUUCCUGCUCAAUUUCCAAUUGGCCAACAAGGAAAGCACGAAAAGGCAGGAAGCAUUGAUUAGACUGAUAGGAUGAUCCUGAUAAGAACACAAGAGAUUCUGCAGAUUCAGGAUAUCCAGAGGCGCGCGCGCACACACACACACAC